AUGCUUUCAUUUAUUCAAUUGACUAUAUUGUCAUGCCUUUCAUUAUUUGCAUAUGGUUACAACCCGAACGAUGAAGUACCUUCACACUUGUCGCUACCAAACUUGUUGACCAUCAGUUCGCAAAGCGAUUUGGAUUCAAAUUGGGAGUUGUAUGAUAACAUCAGAUUAGAUACUGGUAGGCUUUUAAUUGGAACUGGAGGUGGUUCGAUCUGGCUGAUACCUGGAUUGGAAAAUUCUGGCAACGAAUGGACAAUAGAGUUAGUGGUUAGGCUGUCAGGAACUGCAAAGAGAGAUUUGAAAUUUAGAGACCAAAACCACUUGGCGCUUUGGUUGACCACGGAUAAAGUAACGAACAAUGCAUUCGGUGGGGGGAAUUUCGAUGGUUUUCAAAUUGCACUCUCCAAUAAGAACACUCAAGGGUUGAAAGUUUUCCUGAAUGAUAAUUCUAAGUUCAUUGAUGGAUCUGUUGCUCAAUCCGUUGGUAGCUGUGAUUUUCCAUUCUUGGAUUCUUCUAUCCCUUUUACCAUAAGAGUAAGUUACUCGAAAACCCGCGGUAAUUGGUUUAAAGUGCAAGUGGAUAACAAUGUUUGUUUCAAGACCUAUACCAUGACUAUUCCAAAUGGUCCAGACGACCUCAGAUUUGGAGUUACUGGUAAAAUUGCAACUGCUUCUGAAGAAGAAUAUGAAAUCUUAAAGUUAAACGUUUGGACUCAUUUAACAGAAGACGCUAUAGAUGAUCAUGGAUUUUUGGGAGAUGGUGCAUUGGCUGAAGUUGCUCCACAGAAAGAAGAAGUAGACCAUAUUCGUCCAUCCCAGAUCAGAGAAAGUCUAAUGCAGAAAACUAGAAAAGCAAAGCAAGAAAUGGAAGAAAAACAAGCAUAUGAGUCAAGACUUCAAAAUGGAGGGAGGUUCGAAGAAACCCUUAACCUGCUCAGUUCACAGAUUGAUGCAAUUAUCAACAAGAUAGAUGGUGUAGGAAAGCAGCAACCGACUGUAAUUUCGUCCACAUCUUCUACAUAUGACUCUAAAGUUAUUCACGCUCACUUGGAAGAAAUUAAAACGACCCAAUCCCAACAGGGACAUGCGCUUCAGUCAGUGAGAGACGAUAUUGUGGAUUUCAAGUCUACUUUGACUCAGCAGCUCUCGCAAUUACUCUCUGCCCUCCAGAAGCUCAAUGAAAGGGUUAUUGGAGAAGUCAGGGAACAACAAUACGGCAUGGAGGAAUUGUCGAAGAAAGUUGACCUACUCAUGGCAAAUCACAAGGAAGUUGCAUACCAAUAUCAACAAGGAUUAAAGGGUGGACAAGAAGGAGAAGAUUUUUUGGAUAAAUUCAUAUCAAAAAUUAAAUGGAUUUUGAUUCCAUUAUGCAUUGGAUUCAUGUUAAUAACGGGUUUUCUUUACAGGUUAAGAAGUGAAAUAAAGCAUGCAAAGUUGUUGUAA